AGAUUCCUGUGGUCACGGUUUCGGUUAUGGGAGAUCAGCAGUCCUGGCACCCGACCACCCGCACUCACCAAAUUUGUCUCCAAGAUAAGGGUAUUCUAGUCUUUCGACACCGGUGCCGGCGACGACCGCGUGAAGCCGACGGCGGUGACUUUUCCCCAAUAUCCACCACGCGACAUCCGUCCUUCGACCAUCUUCCGGGUCAAGCCGCGGCAGCGGUUCCAGUCCCUCCCAACCAUUGCCUCGGAAUACACCCCAAGAAAUAUCCCUCUGCGCGUCAAACCCACCGCCUCUUUAUUCUUGACUCCCGAGGGGAGAAGCUCGAGAUUCCACAACCCCCCUCUUUCUCUGACAGCAAUAUCGGAGGAGAAACCCCAAUUCGAGCAGUCUCCGAUCGAUAGAUUGCGAGGAGUUCGACAAGAAGGAGACGAAUCAUGUCGAUGUCCGACUCGGAUUCCUCCCAAAGUGGAGAUUUCCAAACAUUCCGCCAGAUCACCCGAGAGCGGUUAUUAUAUGAGAUGCUUCGAUCAACCAAAGUAAAGGACUCAAAAUCAGCAUGGAAGGUUCUCAUCAUGGACAAAGUUACUGUCAAGAUAAUGUCAUAUUCUUGCAAGAUGGUGGACAUCACAGAGGAAGGGGUUUCAUUGGUGGAAGACCUAUCCAAAAGAAGGCAACCCUUGCCCACAAUGGAUGCGAUAUAUUUUAUCCAGCCAACAAAAGAGAAUGUUGUCAUGUUCCUCUCUGACAUGUCAGGAAGAUCUCCUUUGUACAGAAAGGCAUUUGUAUUUUUCAGCUCUCCUAUACACAAGGAAUUAGUGGCUCAGAUUAAGAAAGAAACUAGAGUCUUACCACGCAUAGGUGCAUUGAGUGAGAUGAAUCUGGAAUACUUUGCCAUUGAUAGUCAGGGCUUUGUAACUGAUCAUGAGAAGGCUUUGGAGGAAUUAUUUGGGGAAAAUGUGGAAGGUUCGCACAAGUAUAAUGCCUGUUUGAAUACAAUGGCGACUCGAAUAGCGACAGCAUUUGCUUCAUUGAGGGAAUAUCCUUAUGUGCGCUACCGUGCUGCCAAAUCAUCGUUAGAUGUUUCUACUGUGACAACGCUUCAUGAUUUAGUUCCAACGAAGCUUGCUGCUGCAGUUUGGAAUUGUCUUGCCAAAUACAAAUGUACAAUUCCUGAUUUCCCCCAGAGGGAGACAUGCGAGUUACUCAUUGUGGAUCGAACAAUAGACCAGAUUGCUCCUAUUAUCCAUGAGUGGACCUAUGAUGCCAUGUGCCAUGAUUUACUAAAUAUGGAUGGUAACAAAUACAUAUAUGAGGUGCAGGUUGAAACAAAAGAUGGAAAGACAGAGACUGAAAAGAAGGAGGUUCUUUUAGAGGAUCAUGAUCCAAUUUGGCUUGAGCUUCGGCAUGCACAUAUUGCAUAUGCCAGUGAAAGGUUACAUGAGAAGAUGACUAAUUUCAUAACGAGGAAUAAAGCGGCACAAAUUCACCACAGCUCAAGAGAUCAUGGUGAGCUGUCAACUAGGGAUUUGCAAAAAGUUGUUCAAGCUUUGCCAAAUUAUGGUGAACAAAUUGACAAGCUUUCUCUCCAUGUAGAGAUUGCAGGAAAAAUUAACAAUGUGAUUAAAGAACUUGGACUUCGAGAAAUUGGUCAGCUGGAGCAGGAUCUUGUCUUUGGAGAUGCUAGGACAAAAGAAUUAAUUAAUUUUCUACAGACAAAGCAGGAUGUCACUCCUGAAAAUAAAUUGCGGUUGUUAAUGAUUUAUGCUGCUAUCUAUCCAGAGAAGUUUGAAGGUGAUAAAUGUUCAAAGUUGAUACAGCUGGCGAGAUUAUCGGCUGAUGAUAUGAAUGCUGUGAAUAGCAUGAGAUACUUAGGACGAUCGGAUACUAAAAAAACAUCGAGGGGGUUUUUCUCUCUCAAGUUUGAUGUUCACAGGAAAAAGCAUGCGGUCAGGAAAGAACGGAAUGAUGAGGAAAAGACAUGGCAACUAUCAAGAUUUUAUCCCAUGAUAGAGGAGUUGAUUGAGAAACUUGGAAAAGGUGAACUACCAAAAGAUGAGUAUCCAUGCAUGAAUGACCCAAGUCCUACUUUCCUUGGAACCUCACAGAGUGUACCAGUUCGGACAGCACAUUUUCAACCAGCUCACUCCAUGAGAUCCAGGAGGACUGCCACAUGGGCUAGGCCUCGAAAUUCUGAUGAUGGCUAUUCAAGUGAUUCUAUAUUGAGGCAUGCAUCGAGUGAUUGCAAAAGGAUGGGCCAGCGUAUUUUUAUCUUCGUUAUUGGUGGAAUGACUCGAUCUGAGCUACAUGUGGUUCAUAAGCUUACAUCAAAGCUGAAUAGAGAAGUCAUCCUUGGCGCAUCUAGUCUUGAUGAUCCUCCCAAGUUUAUUACGAAAAUGAAGAUGAUGUCAGCUCAAGAACUUUCGUUGGAUGACCUUCAGCUUUAAUCUAUAUUUCACAGUUGAUGUUCUAAGGCUUGUAUGCUCUCACUGCAGGUUGCCUCCCAUAUUGUAAUCAGAGUUCAUGUUCUUUUUCUUUGUAUCAGUUUCUGAUGAUAGUUUUGUUAUUAAACAGUUCCAGUUAAUGGUUUCAGACUUAGAUUGUAUAUAGGAUUCAUUGCAUUCACUCUACCAUACGAGUUUGUAAAAUAUAAACAUCUAUUUUUUAGAUUUACUUUAAUACA